AACUCGCCUCAGUGCACUAGUAGUGUAGCUUAACAGACCAGUUUAAGAUAGCAUAGUAUCUAAUGGUUAUAGUAAAACUGUGAAAGGUGUAUGGACUUGUGCAUGUAAAACUUGAUCAAGUUUUGUGAAGAUUUAGUUCUGUGUAUGAUAUUUAUUAGGAUUUACUUUUUAUAAUAUUAACACAGGAUAACAUUUGUGAAGAAUAUUGGUAACUUCAGUGUUAUUGGUUUUUGUUACAGAAGUCAGAGAAGACAGCUUAAAUAAGUAAAGAAAUAACUUCUGUAUAGUGACAUUAAUUUUCAGAUCAAGGUGUUUUUAAAUGAACUGUUACUGUUUAACAGCGGCCUCUUUUGCUGUAGAAGAAUCCCUGCACUAGAUUGUUCAAUGGAGUAAAAAUUUAUAUCUGAUCUGGUGUAUAAAAGUAAAUAAAAUACAUCGAAACAUACGGUACAUGCUGGAUUAAAAACAUCAUAACAGUGAUCACAUGUAUUUCAUUUAAUGAAUAGUGUUUGUUUGUUAUAUCGGAUUUGUUUACUAGAACAUAAACAGGACAAUCCCUUCACUAAGACGUUUGAUGAAGUAACACAGUGCAGGACACAUUUGUAGUUCUUUAUAUAUCUUACAUAGGAGACUGAGCCCGAGGCAGAGUGAAUAAUGUGGCACAUAGCAAGAUGCUUGUUGUUGGUCCCUGUGCUGAUCUCUUGCGUUGGUUCAUUCACCCACACCUGGGUGCCAAAAGCUGUGGUCAAGCAUGAAGAGAUCAGCAAGAAGAUUCUGCGAUUUGAGGGCGAGAAAACAGAGCCUGAUUACUUCAAACUUCUCCUACAGGAAAAUGACCGGCUGAUAGUUGGGGCUAGGAAUAAGAUGUAUAACAUCAGUGUUAUUGAUCUGGAACAAGACGAGUUAAGGACUCUGAAAUGGCCUCCCAAUUCCAAAGACAAUACCUCCUGCUCUUCUAUGUACAAAGACCAGCACAAGGACAAAUGCCAGAACUUCAUCAAAGUCCUGGGAAAGAUGGAAGGGGAAAAGUACUAUGUGUGUGGUACAAAUGCCUUCAGCCCAAAGUGCAGAAUAUACGAAUACAAGCACGCUGACUAUCCAUAUCGAGAAGUCGACUUGAACGUUACAGAAGACGUAACGGAGCAGGCCCAGGCCCCAGGGUUUGAGACCACAAAGGAGUUUGACGGGGUUGGAGCCUCACCGUACGACCCUGAGCACAACAGCACUGCCAUAUUUACUGAUGGGAAGCUGUUUUCUGCGACAGUCGCUGACAGGUUGUCCAGAGACCCGCUCAUUAUGGAGAGAAUGAAAAUGAUCAGAACAGAGCAACAUGAUUCCAAUAUGCUCAAAGAUCCCCACUUUGUGAGUUCCUAUGACAUAGACGAAAAGAUUUAUUUCUUCCUUCGGGAGGAUGCUGUUGAAAAUAUUAACUGUGGCAAGGCUACAUUCUCGCGUGUUGCGCGGAUCUGCAAGAAUGAUGAGGGAAGAUCAGGGACCUCCGUCUGGACCUCGUUCUUCAAGGCCAGGCUCAACUGCAGCGUACCUGGGGAAAUCCCUUUUCCCUUUGAUGAACUUCAGUCAAUGUCUGACCUGUCAUUCGGCAAUCAUCAUCCCACCAACGAUCCCAAGCAAAGGAGCCGCAUAUUGUAUGGAGUGUUCAACACGCCGGCCAACAGUAUCGAGGGCUCGGCGGUAUGCGCUUUCACGCUUGCUGACAUAGAGCACGCGUUCAUGGGCCAGUUCAAGGCCCAGCAGACCACAUCGCAUGCCUGGGUGCCCAUCCCCGUGGAGAAUAACCCCGUGCCUCACCCGGCCCAGGUGUGCGUGAAUAAGAGCAAGGAGCUGACAGACAACACGCUCACAUUCAUCAGAAAUCACCCUCUGAUGGAUCGGUCCGUGAAUCCCGCUGGAGGAAAACCGAUGCUUAUCCAGACCCAAGGAUUAGGAGGACGAUUUUCAGCUAUAGCAGUGGACCCACAAGUCCUUGCAUCAGACGGAUUCUACUAUGAUGUCAUGUUUGUAGGCACAACCGAUGGGCGAGUGCUGAAAGCGGUGAACACAGGAAAGCCAGGUCUGGACAGCAGCGUGGUUAUAGAAGACAUCCAGGUGCUGGGCCAACAUGAGGCCAUCAGAGAGAUCAAGGUGCUCCGUAAGCAUGGCCACAAUCAACACGAGAAACUGAUCAUCGUCUCCAAGGACAACAUAGUAUCCAUGCCCCUGCAUCGCUGUGGUCAUUACAAAACAUGCAGUACCUGUUUACGUCUGCAGGACCCGUACUGUGCCUGGUUAGAUACCUGCACCACCCACACAACUCGAGGUCUUCAAGAUAUCAGAAACGGUGAUGCAUCUCAGUGCAGAGAUGGCAGUUAUAAAAUCGAAAAAGAAGGACCCAUUAUGGAAAUUGACGUUGUCAUACCGACCACUCCGAAACCAGUCGAGGUUUCCACAUGUCAACCUUGCACAUGUAACUGCAGCCAGUCUGAUGUGAUUAUUACCAUGGAAUCUACACAAAACAAUCAUAGUGGUCAAGGUCGAACAAAAUCUGGUGAAACUGACACGGGGCCAGUUGUGUUGAUUCCCGAGCCUUGUGAGAACCCUCGUACCGAUGAUCAGAUCUACACUGCAUCUACGCUGGCGGUUGCCUGUGUUGUGGCCAUAGUGGUGGCAGCCAUGAUAGGCUUCUUCAUCGGUUACCGGGUCAGCCUGUGUCGCAACCACACCAGGAACACAGAAACCAUGAUAAAUUUUGAGCAGCAUUUUGGAUCAUUACGGAAGAAUGGAAGCAGGCAUUCUGGCGACACUUCAAAUAACAUUUUCCAAGAGCCAACCAAAAAUACAGCGAAAAUGCUAACCGUAAAUAAUCUGUCAGCAAAAAGUCCAAAUUUACCAAACGGCUCUCUUGAGUCACGAACAAUAACUCCGCAGCAGGCUUCAAGAACGUACAUUUAGCCACUGGUUCCACUGCUGUGAAAUGUAGAUAAGAACAAUUGUACAAUAUGUAAAUACCUGUACAUAAGUGAAACACCAGUGCUAGAGGGUGUCUAAAAUGAACAAGUUUUUAUUCAGUCUGAAAAAUAUGGACCAAUCUAUCUUGUACAGAUAUUUAGGGGAAGAAAUGUUGAAACUGCUACUUACAGACAUAUUUUGAACUGAUUACCCCAAAAAUGACAAAUAAGUGUUUGAUGUUUGAGCAUCAGAUUAGAGGACUGCACAAGAUCAAGUACAGGUUAGAACUGUCAUAUUUUCCGUAGCUUGCGCUUUUCAAGGAGUCUUAACUGCUGAGCCAUCGUUGAAAUUGUAGGAGAGAGCCCAGAUUUAUAAAUCGCGGCUAUUGUUCACAAGAAAUCAUUCCAGGAUAUUUGCUGAGUAUAGGGAGGAGUGGGGAGGAGGUUACAAACAAUAGUAUGUUGCUGAGUGAACUAUUCAAUACGCAUGAGAUGACUACAUACUGCAGCUUAUCUUGUGAGGAUGUGAGGACACGUUGAAUUGAAAAUAUCUGGGCGAAAUGGAUGAGCUGGCAGAAUAAGGUGAUGGAAAGAAAUGCAAAAAGCAUCGACUUUGGAGUGUUUUUGCAUGAGCAAAAACGACAUUGAUGACAUGUAAUUUCGGAGGCCAAUCUUUUUGACUGUUGAAAGGAGCAACAUCGCUCUCAUAAUUCAAAAUAAAGCUGUUCCCAUGAAGUGUUCACAUGAUUUAGGGCAACAAAGACAAUGUGCGGCUUUAAACUCUCUGUGAUGGAACUUUUUUUAUAAGCCUUGUUUAAGUUGUUUGUACAAUUAUUUCGCCCUUUCUUAUGUGUUUUUCAUAUCAUGAUAACAAAAGUAAUAAACACAUAUUAAAUAUAUAUUCACACAUGUAAGAUGGUACAGUUUAACUAUGUUUAUGCAAAAACUUACAAACCCUUAUGGUUAUUAAGUAGUUUGGCAGGUCAAUAUUAUAAUCUUAAAUUAACUUUCAUCAUUUAAAUGUAAAUAUAACUUACCUAAUAGUUUGCACUCAAAAGUUAAAGAGUUUGUCACUAUUCUGUUGAUGUAAAAAAACUGUAUACCGUAAACAUUCAAGUUUGCAGUGAAGUUGAAUGACUACCAAUGUUAUCAUUGGCAAAAGACACUGUAAAUACUUCAUACAAAAUUCCAAAGUUUGUUAUUUUUGUAUACAUCCUUGAUGUUGACAGUUAUUGUUUUAUGUCAUUUUAAUUAAGUAAUCGGAGUAGUAUAAAUAAGAUAUGGUGCUUUAAAUCAAUAUCACAGUAUGAUCUCACAACCAUGUAGGAAUAGUUCAGAAUUGAUUGCUAUGGAAACCAUAGUCUUGGCAGCAAAUUUUUGGGGUCGAAGAUAUAACAGUUAAUUUUAAAGGGACAUUAUUUGGGGAAAUGACCUGUUAUAUUUAUUCAGAAAUGAAAAAUUCCCAAAAAUGCUACUUGAUUUUUAGGUCGAGUGAUUGUCAAACCAAUAAGAAAUAUUUCAGAACCCAUACGCAACAAAUAAAUUGAAUUUACAGUAAAACAUGCUAAAAGAUGAAAUCUGUUCAGAAGUCUAGGGCUUAUAUUUUUAGAUUUGACUUCCAAGUUUUGGUCAUUAAUUAUAGAUAACACUUUAUUGUAUCAUACCAUUUUUACAGAUCCAGCUUAACAUGAAUAAUUGUUUUGAAGCAAUUGAAAACAAAAUUAGGUUUUUCAAACAAAAUUAGUCUUACUUUAUUCAUACUAGUGAUAUUGUUAUAAUAAGUGACAAAAUCAUUAAGUUACACAAUGUCUCAUGUAUCAAUAAUUGUUGAAUAAUCUUUGCUCUAAUGUGAUAGCAAAAGCAACAGCUUAAUUCCUGAUUUAAUUAAUUUAUUCCUGUUUUUAGCUCACCUGUCUUGAAGUGACAUGGUGAGCUUAUGUGACCGUGUGAUGUCCGGCAUCCGUAUGUGCGUUCGUGCGUCCGUAAACAAUUUGUUUGUGUAGACAGUAGAGGUCAAAGUUUUCAUCCAAUCUAUGAAAUUUGGUCAGAAUGUUUAUAUUGAUGAAAUCUGGGUUGGGAUUGUAUUUUGGUCAUCUGGGGUCAAAAACUAGGUCACUAGGUCAAAAACUAGGUCACUAGGUCAAAAACUAGGUAACUAGGUCAAAUAAUAGAAAAACCUUGUAAAGACAAUAGAGGUCGAAGUUUUCAUCCGAUCUUUAUAAAAUUUGAUCAGAAUGUUUAUCUUGAUGAAAUCUGGGUUGGGAUAGUAUUUGGGUCACCUGGGGUCAGAAACUAGGUCACAAGGUCAAAUAAUAGAAAAACAUUAUGAAGACAAUAGAGGUCACAGUUUUCAUCCAAUCUUUAUGAAACUUGGUCAGAAUGUUUAUCUUGAUGAAAUAUGGGUUGGGAUUGUAUUUGGUUUGUCAGGUGAGCGAUUCAGGGCCAUCAUGGCCCUCUUGUUAACAAUUUUAGUGCAUCAUUAUGAUUUAUUUAUUAUUUAAUAAAUGUUAUUUGUAUUUAAUAAGACUGCAAGAUCACCAAUUUUGCUGACAGCUUUGACCAAAGGCCAGUACCAAUGUAUGUUAAAUUGCAAAUUAUAAUGGCAUAUCAAACUGCCCAUGUACCAUCUUCAUAAUGUACAUAGCAUGUAUGAUACACAUUCAUUGCUAAACGUGUCUGUAGUGUGUGUUUUUGUUCGAACUUUGGUCCUCUGAUCUCAUUUCGUUUGUUCACUAGUAUAUAUUUUUGAAAAUUACAAUCUAAUUGCAUCAGUUGCAUUGAUUUACAAUUGUUUGCAUUGUGUUAUAGGAUUCGCUUGAGAAAAGUUAACAGCAACUGAUCAAAAUAUUAAUGAUUUAUUUAAAGUACAAUGAAUUUCUGGGAAAUUGUUCUUUUUCCCCAUAAUUGUGUUCUCUCAAAGAUAUGACUAUGAUUUGUAUACAUUCCCUUUGUUUUUACUUUUCAUCAUUACUGUAAAAACACUCUAAUUUAAACUAUAUAUUGUAUUAUUAAUAUUGUUUUUAGUAAGAUUAUUGUCCCCUACCGGUUUCACCAUAGGGGACUUAUGGUUUGCGCUCUGUGUGUCCUUCUGUCUGUCUGUGAGUCUGUCUGUCACACUUUUCUGGAUCCUGCGAUAACUUAAAAAGUUCUUAAUAUUUUUUCAUGAAACUUGAAACAUGGAUAGAUGGAAAUAUGGACAUUAUGCACGUCAUUUCAUUUUGUUCCUAUGUCAAAAAUUAUGGUUGCUAUGGCCACAAAUAGACUAGAAAUACUGCUGAAAAUGGUGGUUUUCUGGAUCCUGCGAUUACUUUAAAAGUUCUUAAUAUUUUUUCGUGAAACUUGCAACAUGGAUAGAUGGCAAUAUGGACAUUAUGCACGUCAUUUCAUUUUGUUCCUAUGUCAAAAAUUAUGGUUGCUAUGGCAACAAAUAGACUAGAAAUACUGCUGAAAAUGGUGGUUUUCUGGAUCCUGCGAUUACUUUAAAAGUUCUUAAUAUUUUUUCGUGAAACUUGCAACAUGGAUAGAUGGCAAUAUGGACAUUAUGCACGGCAUUUCAUUUUGUUCCUAUGUCAAAAAUUAUGGUUGCUAUGGCAACAAAUAGACUAGAAAUACUGCUGAAAAUGGUGGUUUUCUGGAUCCUGCGAUUACUUUAAAAGUUCUUAAUAUUUUUUCGUGAAACUUGCAACAUGUAUAGAUGGCAAUAUGGACAUUAUGCACGUCAUUUCAUUUUGUUCCUACGUCAAAAAUUAUGGUUGCUAUGGCAACAAAUAGACUAGAAAUAUUGCUGAAAAUGGUGGUUUUCUGGAUCCUGCGAUUACUUUAAAAGUUCUUAAUAUUUUUUCCUGAAACUUGCAACAUGGAUAGAUGGCAAUAUGGACAUUAUGCACGUCAUUUCAUUUUGUUCCUACCUUAAAAAUUGUGGUUGCUAUGGCAACCAAAAAUAAUAAUCUGAAAAUGGCGGAAUUUUUGACAAAUUUUGGAGCCGGUAGGGGACCAUAUUGUUUGACAAUAGCCUUGUUUGAAUUUUGUUUUUAACCCAUGCAAUGAAUUUUUGUUAUAAAGAUCAACUGUGCAUAAAAAAUUAAAUAAUGCCUGUUGUUUGUUAGUGCUAUGAUGGCUGUUAAACAGUGAUCAGAUUUUGUGGGGAUGAGUGCACUAAUUGAUUUUUUCUUAAAUUAUUUGAACCUAUCAAGCAGGCUUAUUGUUUGUUUCGUCAACAAUACUAAAUGGUAAUGUUUGUCAAAAACUUAAAUAAAACUUUGCUUUUUUCCCUAAACAUUAUUUGCAUUUAUAAAAUCAAUGUUUAUUGUAAUUGAGAUCUUAUUCUUGAUUUUCCAAAAUUUAAUUCUUAUAAUUAUUUAAAUUACACUUAUAUAAUAGUUAAUAGUAAUAAAUGCUUAAAAAACAAACUUUGGCAAAUCUGAUAAGAUAUAUGUAUUUAGAUUUAAGAAAAUGUUUGUCACAAAAGCAUGUCUGUAAACUCUGAAGAGAUUAGUCAUUAUAAAAAAAUCAUACUGGAUACCAUCUCAAAACCCUUAAUUUAAAUGACAAAAAUUUGGGAUUUUAUUAAUAAGCAUAUCAGAGUUUUUAUCAUGUAACUAAGGACUUUUCACUUUAGUUAAAUUUCGAAGCAUUUAAAGUAGUAGUUAUUAUAAUUUUCUAAUUUACAUUUGCUACUUAUUUAAUGUUUUGUAAGACAGUAGAAAAUGGAUAUUGUAAUGUAUUUUAAGUCUAUCUUGUAUGCUGCUUGUAGGUGUACAUAGAUUAGAAAAUAAGUAUGAUCACUUGUUCAGUAUACUUAGUAUUACUACAUGUGUAUAUGCCACUGUAUUAUGGUAUUAUUCCAAAGGUCUUCAUCAUACGUAUAUUUUGUAUUUUAUUUAAUAAUAUAUUACUCAGUUAUUAAUUAGCGUUGAAUGUUCUUACUUUAAUUGGUGCACUCCAUCUUACAUCAUUUCAUGCUGUUUUUAGCUCACCUGUGCACAAAAUGCUUAUGGUGAGCUAUUGUGAUUAGUCAAUGGCCGGGGUUGUGUGCUGUGCAUCAUGCUGCUUCUACUUUAAGCUCUUUAUCACUCAGGGUCCACAGUUGUGACUCAAUCUCCAUGAAUCUUAGCCAGGAUGUUUAGCUUUGCAUUAUUCAGACCACGUUCAAAUCUUGGUCAAGUGGGGUCCAAAUUAGGUCAAAAGGUCCAAUCUUAUAAACAAAUUGUUACUGCUCUAGAUGGCACAUUUAUGACUCAGUGUUCAAGAAACUAAGUUAGAAUGUUUAUCUUGGCAAUACUUAGCCUAGGUUAAGUCUUAAUGUAGUAAUCAGUCCAAAUCUUUAGACAAAACAUUGUUACCAAUCAAGAUGCGGCCUUUAUUACUCAAUCUUUAUGAACCAUUUGAAGAAUGUUUUUCUUGGCAAAUUCUUGGCAAAGAUUUCAUUAGGGUGAAGUGAGUCAACAAAAUAGGUCACUAAAUAAUCUUAAGAACUAGACAAAAUGUCUUCAUGAAAUCUUCAUGCAGGUUAGUCCUUCUAUGGAUUAAUUAAUCAUAUUGCUGCAAUUGGUGUGUAAAAAUAAACAAUGUUUCUUAGGUGAGCGAUAUAGGGUUAUCAUGGCCCUCUUAUUGUAGUUCAUGUUACCAUGGAAACCUAAAUUAUAUCCCAAAAAUGUGAGUGCAUUUAUGUCACCUUUGCAGCUAUACUUAAUCUUUCUUUAUAACCAUAAAUACCGGUAAAUUGAAAAACAAGUGAAUAAAAAAUGUUUCUAGCGGGAAGUAUUUGAUGGAGGUUUCCAUGUAAUAUGAACAGAAUCUUGUUACAUUUUUGUUUGAUGUAUGUUAUGUCGUACAUUUCAAUAAAGAAACAAACUAUUCAAUGUA